AUGGCAUUCAGAAUCAGAAUCUUUGUUGUUGUUGUUGUUCUUGUUCUUGUUUUUCAGUUAAUAAGUGGCUAUUCUUCUUCAAUUCAAGAGGUUCUCCGGAGCCAUGGUUUACCGGCGGGACUAUUUCCGGAGAGUGUGAAAUCGUAUAAUUUGGAUCAAAAGGGUGUUUUGGAAGUGAAGUUGGAUACUCCUUGUAUUGUGAAGUAUGAGAAUAGGGUGAUUUUCGAAACGGUUGUUCGUGCUAACCUUAGUUUUGGUCAGCUUAAAGAUUUGGAAGGACUUUCGCAAGAAGAGCUUUUUCUUUGGUUGCCGGUGAAAGAUAUAAUUGUGGAUGAUCCUUCUUCAGGGCUCAUUCUUAUUGAUAUUGGAAUUGCUUAUAAGCAGCUUUCUCUUUCUCUCUUUGAAGAUCCACCCGUUUGUAGGUCCCAAGGGUUUUCAGAGAUUGUUGGAAGGGAGAGAAAUGGAUUUGAAGAUCAGAGAUAA